UCACCGAGGAUGUGUAUCAAGGCCCGAAACGCUCCCUUUGUACUGAGGCAUGCACCUCAACGGACAGCUUACCACACCGGCAAAAAAGGAAUUUGGAGAAUGGAAUAACGGAGAAGCUCCUACUCACCAAACAGUGUCCAUCAACCUAUGACACGGCUUGGGUUAGUAUGGUACCAGCGCAAGGCUCUCCUCAGACACCACGGUUUCCACAAUUUGUGCAGUGGAUCCAACAAAACCAAAACGAUGAUGGUUCUUGGGGCCUUGGCAACCUCGACCUGAGUUUGCUUGGCAAGGAUGCCAUCACCUCAACAACGGCUUGCAUUCUUGCCCUCAAGAGAUGGAGCAUCGGGAAUGAGCAGAUCAUGAAAGGGCUCCAUUUUAUCAGAGAAAAUUAUUCCAGGAUAAAGGAUGAGAACUGUUUUUCACCCGUAGGGUUCAACCUCAUCUUCCCAAGAAUGAUAACGAUCGGUAUAGAUAUGGGCUUGGAAUUUCCGCUUAGUGAAUCUGAUAUUGAUUGGGUAUCAGGACUUCGAGAAAUGGAAUUAUUAAGUGUUGAGGCUUCUAGACGAAAUGGUUAUUAUAUGGCAUAUGUAGCAGAAGGAUUAGGAGACAUGCAAGAAAUAAAUCAGGCCCUGAUGUAUCAAAGAAAGAAUGGAUCCUUAUUUAACUCGCCUGCUGCAACUGCUGCUGCAGCAAUCCACACCCAAGAUCCUGGUUCUCUCAUGUACUUGGAUUUCCUUGCAGAAAAGUGUAGCAGCUCAGUUCCAACUGUGUAUCCAAUGGACAUAUAUUCCCAACUUUGCUUGGUAGACACCCUUGAAAAGAUUGGAAUUGCCCACCAUUUUCCUUCAGAGAUAAAACACAUAGUGAAUAUGGUAUACAGAUCCUGGUUGGAAAAGGAUGAAGAGAUCAUAAUGGACAUGGAGACUUGCGCAAUGGCAUUCCGCAUCCUGCGCGUGCAUGGAUAUGACAUCUCAUCUGAUGCACUUUCUCACCUUGCUCACCAGGUUUUAAGGUUCAACAGUUCAGUAAGUGAUGAUGUAAACAAUGCAAAGGCUUUGCUUGAAUUAUACAAAGCUUCACGGAUACGCAUAUUUGAAGACGAGUGGUCUCUGGACAAUAUUGAAUCAUGUACAAGAAAACUGCUGAACCAGCAAUUUUGCUCCAGGAAAUUUCAAGGAUCACGAACGCUCCAAGAGGGAGAGUAUGGUCUUAAAUUCCCAUUCUACCCUGGCACAUUGGAACCAGCUCAGCAGAAGUGGACCAUAGAGCGAUACGACAUCAAGCAUGUCCAGAUGCGAAAAUCAGCAUUCAUGGCACCUCACUCAGAUGAACGUUUUCUAACAUUAGCCAUUGAAGAGUUCCGUUCCUCCCAAUCGGUAUACCAGGAAGAACUUGCUUGCAUUAAGAGAUGGGCGGAAGAGAUUGGAUUGCACCAGCUCAAGUUCGCCAGAGUUAUGCCACUGGAUGUCUUUGUCUUCAUGGCUUCCACUGUGUUUGCUCCUGAACUAUAUGACGCCAGCAUUGCGUGGAUGAAGAAUAGUAUUCUUACGACGGUAGUUGAUGACUUCUUCGAAAACCAAGGAUCUAUAGAAGAGUUAAAGAACCUUGUUGCACUAAUUGAAAAAUGGGACGCACAUGAAGAGGUUGGGUUCUGCUCUGAGAACGUAGAAGCUUUAUUUUAUGCAGUUUACAGCACCAACAGCCAAAUAGGGGCAAAGGCAGAAGAGAUACAGAACCGGAGCAUCAUGUGCCACAUUGCUGAAGUUUGGUCCGAUGUGGUGAGGGCGUACAUGAUCGAGCAAGAGUGGACACGGGAAAGGCACGUACCGACCAUGCAAGAGUACAUGUGUGCCGCCGAAGUAAGCAUUGCAUUGGGUGCUAUCGUUGCCCCAUCGUUGUACUUGGUCGGACCAAAGCUUUCGGAAGGCAUGAUAAGGAGUUCGGAGUACAAGGAUCUGCUUAGACAUAUGCGUACCAGCGUUCGCUUCCUGAACGAUCUGGGCACUUACAAAAAGGAGAUGACUCACGGAUGCAUCAACAGCGUCCUGCUGAAAGCACGUGUUAGCGACCUGUCGAUGUCACCAGCGUCCAUCGAAACUGCCAAGACGGGCAUUUGUGAGGCCAUUGCUGACUCUCAGAGGGAGCUGUUGCGGCUGGUGCUUAGGGAUGGGGGUCCAAUUCCUAGGCUGUGCAGGGACAUUUUCUGGAAUACCUACAGAAUAGGACAACGGUUCUACUCGCAGGGAGACGGCUUUGGCAUGCCGCAAGAAUUGGUGGCGGCGGUGAAUGCGGUGGUUCAUGAGCCACUUAAUAAAGAGGUAAUGCUUCCACCCCGCAAGAAAAGAGGGUAUUCUUCAGCACUGGUGUGAAACACUUUCUACAAUCUAUAUGCAGUUUCUACUUUGUAUUGGUGGGACGAUGUCGUGUCAAGAAUGAAAACAACAGAGAGAUGCAUUGUUGUAUAGAUAAUCUAUUACUCCCCCAUUCUUAAAUUCCUGACUUUUAGGACAACAACUUUAGUUCAUUUUUGAACUAAAAUUGUUGUCUUAAACGAAAAAAAAA